AUGGAGGAGGAAACACUGCUCAAGGUACUUAGAGAGAACAAGAUGGCAAUUGGUUGGACAAUAACUGACAUUAAAGGAAUCAGUCCUUCCAUGUGUAUGCAUAAAAUUUUAAUGGAGGAAAAUUGCAAGCCUAGCAUAGAAAGUCAGAGAAGAUUGAACCCAAAUAUGAAGGAAGUAGUCAGGGCAGAGAUACUGAAGUUAUUGGAUGCAGGAAUUAUCUCCCCAAUUUCAGAUACUACACGAAAGGAUCAUUUCCUACUCCCAUUCAUUGAUCAGAUGUUGGAGAGGUUGGCUGGACAUUCACACUACUGCAUUAUUGAUGGAUACUCGGGCUAUAAUCUACCUGUCGCACCAGAGGAUAAUCAAGAGAAGACCACCUUCACUUGCCCCUACGUUAAAGGAGUUCGCAGUUUUUUGGGGCACGCUGGGUUCUACCGGAGGUUUAUAAAAGAUUUCUCGAAGAUCACUAAACCUUUGUACAAUUUACUAAUGAAAGAUGCAACCUUUGAGUUCAAUGAGGAUUAUCUCAUAGCCUUCAACACUUUAAAGGAAAAGCUUACGACAGCGCCAAUGAUUGUAGCGCCAAACUGGGAAUUACCUUUUGAAUUGAUAACUCUAAAUGAUGCACAACUAAAUUAUGCAACCAGUGAAAAGGAGCUGUUGGCUGUGGUGUUUGCAUUUAACAAAUUCAGGUCAUACCUCGUCGGAUCUAAAAUCAUCGUCUAUACUGAUCAUGCUGCAUUGAGGUACCUGCUCACAAAGAAGGAUGCAAAGCUGAGAUUAAUUCAUUGGGUGCUGUUGUUGCAAGAAUUUGACAUUGAGAUACGCGACAAGAAGGGCACCGAGAACAUAGUAGCAGAUCACCUAUCCAAACUAAAACCUAAGGAGAUGGAAGAUUUAGUAGAUAUAAAUGAGCUCUUCCCGGGUGAACAGAUGUUGAGAGUGGAUGAAGCACCUUGGUACGCAGAUAUUGUCAAUUACUUGGCCAGUUCCAUUCCACCACCUGACUGCUCCAGUCACCAAAGAAAAAAAUUCUUCGCCGAGUUAAAAUACUAUUUCUGGGAGGAUCCAAUUCUCUAUAGACGAGGAGCUGAUCAGAUAGUGAGGAGGUGCGUACCUGAAGAAGAAGUACAUGAGAUUCUCGAGCAAUGUCACUCAUCCGCAUAUGCAGGACACUUUGGAGCUUCAAAAACAGCUGCAAAGAUUUUACAAUCAGUGGAUUACGUCUCAAAAUGGGUGGAAGCAGUUGUAUUGCCAACAAAUGACUCAAAGACAGUUAUUGGAUUCUUGAAAAAAUACAUUUUCACCCGAUAUGGUACACCGCGGGCUAUAAUUAGCGAUGGGGGCAAGCAUUUUUGUAAUCGCCAGUUUGAGCAUCUGCUGAAUAAAUAUGGCGAUAAACACCGCGUUGCUACUCCAUAUCAUCCACAAACCAGCGGGCAAGCUGAGGUAUCUAAUCGGCAGCUAAAGAGAAUACUAGAAGUCACUGUGAAUUCAUCUAGAAAGGAUUGGUCUAAAAAGCUAGACGAUGCAUUAUGGGCUUACAGAACAACAUUCAAGACCCCAAUCGGCAUGUCUCCAUACUGCCUAGUCUUUGGGAAAGCAUGUCAUCUCCCAUUAGAAAUGGAGCAUCGGGCAUAUUGGGCUAUGAAACAGUUAAAUAUGGACUUGAAUGCCGCCGAAGAAAAGCGUCUACUGCAACUGAAUGAGUUGGAUGAAUUUAAAAUGGAGGCUUAUGAAAAUGCAAAACUUUACAAGGAGCGAACCAAGAAUUGGCAUGAUAUGCACAUUCAGAGGCGAGUAUUCGAAGUGGGGCAGCAAGUACUACUGUAUAACUCGAGACUCAAGCUAUUCCCAGGAAAACUACGAUAA